AAAGUUCGGUAAAGUUGGAAAGAUGUUCACAGGCGGAUUCUUCCCUCCCUAUCCAUUCAGUCACUUCCUGUGAAGACUCGGUUGCUAUUUCCCUUUCAGUGAUUUUUAUACUUGGCUAUACGCAUUAUUUCUAAUUGCCACCACAUGUCAGUCAAUGGUUUCACUUCCUACAAGACUCACUGAAGACAGACGUGUCUGGAUUCUUAUCUUAGUCCCCGGGCUGGGAGUUUCAGCACCUAUAUGACGGGUCUUGACAUUUAAUCCACUAUACAACUUUUUUUAAAUACAAGAUUUAACUAUACAAGAUUUUUUCAUUAGUCCUGUUCACCCGCAGAGCGUAACAUGAGGACAUUUUCAGGAGCAUUAAUUGUUUUAAUCCUCUCAGUCGUCUCAGGUGAUGAUGAGGUGGCUAUCGAAGGCAUCUUAGGAGACAGCGUCCUUCUGCCAUGCACCUGCAAAGAUAGAAAUUUGAUGGUGGAGUUUAACUGGCAAAUGGAUGAACCACACCCCACUCAUGUGUUAUCACACCAAGAUAACACCACCGACUUCAAUGACCGAUACAAGAGCAGAGCCAAAAUAUUUGUAGCUGAUAACAGCAGUAACUGCUCUCUUCUCCUGACCAACAUCAUUGCAAAUGACCAGGGAAAAUACAGAUGUACUUUUCAAAGAAAAAAAUUGCACACUCGAUUUUUUAUAAAGCUCAACAUUUCUGAGCGUGUGGCGUGCACCAGGAACACCAGCGCUGCCGGCUGCGAACAGAAUGGUUGUUUUAAUGAGCUCACCGGGACCCAACCAGAAUAUUUAGUCAUUCCCAUUCUGUUGGUGCUUGGACUUGUGCUAGUUUUGUGGCUUCGCUGGAAAUUCCCAUGGAAUACUGAGGAAUCGAGAUGUGGAAAGUUUUUAUGCUAGACACACAGGAUGGACUCCAAUGUGAAAACACUUCUGCUAAACAGUGGCCAGUCAAUGUUUCAUCAGAGACUGUUUACAGGCAGUUUACAUCCUGUGUUGAUGCCACCCAUGGAUAGUUGUGUGUCUGACAAGGACAUUAGUGCUGUAAUGUUGGGGUGGGCCGAUAUUUUCUCUCCCCCCAGUUCGGCAACUGUCAAAAGACCGUGCCUUCUGUGAAGAAUGUGCAUUUAACUACUAUUGGUUUCACCCCAGUUAUGAACAAAACACACAAACAUAUAAACAUCAUUAACCAACAAAAAUAAAUCGCAAAAUGUGUGCGCUCUCAUAGAUUCUGUAACCAUAUCACAAUCACUCUGUAAACCCUAAAAGAAUAACCCCCAUUUUCUGUUUUUUUAAGUUUUAAAUGUCUUUCAUCAUGACAGAGAUACUGUAUAAAACUGAGCCAUUUAUGUUGGAUAGGCAUAUAUACUUAAAGUGCCAUUGUUUAGGAGAUGUAACAAAUGUUUUUUUUCUUUUGUUUUUGUUUUUUUUUUUUACCAUUUUCAACUGUGUUAUUCAUGAUACUUAAUGUAUAGGUUCUUUGCCCGAUUUGUAUCACUUGUGUAUAUAAGCAGGUCAAGGUCGUUUUAGCCAAGGUUUGGAGGGACCUCCCCGGGCAUAUUUGUGAUAUUCAAGAGGGAUGACACCAAAAAGUAACUUCUGAGAGGAAUCUCUACUGGGACUGCCAAACAGCCAGAGACUAUUUUAUAUUUUCCAGUCUGAAAAGACGUUGUUGAACUGUGAGCACUGGGAAACAAACCGGAGAGAAAUCUGAAGCAAGCUGGAAGAGAGGGAAUUGCAAUAAUAUGUGAAAGUGUGAAUAAUAUGUAAAUGUGACAGUGUGAAUAUGUAAACUUUUAACCUUUAACCUUCAUAUUUAGUCUUUUUGUACCAUUGCUUGUUGUUUUGUGUGGUUAAUUCCUUAUGCCAUUUGGUCAUCAUUAUUGUUUGGGUGUUUUUGUCUGUAACUUGUUUUGGCAUGUACAAAGCAAAGCAAAGCAAAGAAGGCACUAUGA